GUGGGGUUGAGGGAGUUGGGGCGGUUCUCCCUUCAACCCCCCCCCCCAUCUUUUUGGGUUCAUUCUUAUAAUUUAUGGUCCAGACAGAGUGAAUCGGGGGUAGUUGGCUGAACUGUCUCUGCGAAGUCUUUUUAAAGGAGGGAGAUAGGCGGAGGUUCGGGGAGAUUUCCCAUCCAAGCAAAGAACAGUAAAAUGUGUCUGCAAAGUGGUAAUAUGUCCUGUUUUGUAGCGUUCCGAGGAAGCAGUUGUGUUUCUAAAUCUUAGUGUCUUUUAUAUUGGACUUUGUUUCGAAACUGUCUCCAGGGACUUAGCAUGUUUUAUCCCAAUCGCCACACUGAAGUAUUUGAGAGUGGAAGUGGCCAAGUGCCAUUCUGUGCAGGUAAAUGAUAACGGCGUGUGGUUUUAUAAUAAAAACGUUCGCUUUAGAUAUGGAGAGGAUGAUGAUUCUAUGGAAGGUAAAUCUAGAAUCUCUCGCUUGUGUUAAAAUGAUUGAAUUUGUGUGAUUGCUUUUCUCAUAAGGUGAGUCGUGUACUUCUUUUCUGACAGUAGUAGAGGCUACUCGAGACAUCGACAAAAUGCUUUUUCUAUAAGAUUAUUUUCUAAUAUUUGCUGUUUUAGAAGAUUAAAGUACCAUUUAGGAAUUUUUCUGUAUUAAUUGUACCUAAUUCGUGGAAGGCAAUAACAAUUUGUAGCUUUUAAGCUUCAAAGUAAAAAAAGAUUAUUCCAUUGUGUGUUGAAAAGUUUUUAAAUAUAAAAUCCAUUUUUCUUUUUCAGUUAAGGAAUUUCUUAUUUUCCCGUUACUUAAGAUUCUUUCGAGCUCUUUUUAAAUUUGUGUUCCAAAUAACUUUUUGAGGAUUUUUUUUUGGGGGGGGGGUUCUUGUUGGUGUUUUUUUAUUUUUUCGUCUAGUAAUUUGAGUAAUUUACGAACACCUUAACAUUUUAACGUUUAAAAAUUCUGGAUGUGGUGAUAAUGAACCAAAAACUUUAGCUUUAUUUACUGUGAUGGUGUGGAGUGGUAAUAUUUUGCUUAUUUGGUUAAGAUUUAGAAAUCUUGUUAAGGUUUAGGAAAAAAGUUACAUUCCUUAACAUUAGAAAAAUUGUCAUGCUUUUUGAGAGAAUAAAAUUCGAUAUGAGAAUAAAGUUUUGUUUCUCUAUUCAGGGAAACAGAACAGCUUGAUCCUGUCUUGUAGGGGGGCGUGAAGAAAUACAUUUCAUGAUUUGGGGUUAUUUUAGCUCCCAUAUACUGGGUGCUUUGUCUACCAUCAAACAAGCUAAUAUAUUUUUUUACUAUUUUAGUUGAUAGGCUCACCCCUAAAUAUGCUUUUUGGGACUGAUCUAGAACCUGCAUAUUCUGCGUGAAUCUGUUUAAUUGAUUGCAGUUGAGCUAGAUGGUGGAGCCAAAAUGCUCUUGCCCUGUCUUCAUCAACAUUUAAUCAAGUGUUGCAGAGGUGGAAACAUGGGGGUGAAACAAUCUGGAUAACAUGAAAGUGAUGCUGGUGGCUAAGGGCAGGCGACUUGAUUCCGUGGGAAGGGCUGUAGCUGAUCCAUCCAUUGUCCAGGUUUGAGUAUGAGCACAGUUGAAGAGGAUUCUGACACAGUGACAGUUGAAACUGUGAACUCUGUGACUUUGACUCAGGACACAGAAGGAAAUCUCAUUCUUCAUUGCCCUCAGAAUGAAGCUGAUGAAAUAGACUCAGAAGAUAGUACUGAACCUCCGCAUAAAAGGCUUUGUUUGUCCUCUGAGGAUGAUCAGAGUAUUGAUGAUUCUACUCCUUGCAUAUCAGUUGUUGCACUUCCACUUUCAGAGAAUGAUCAGAGCUUUGAGGUGACCAUGACUGCAACCACAGAGGUGGCAGAUGAUGAGAUUACUGAAGGAACUGUGACACAGAUCCAGAUUCUACAGAAUGAGCAACUAGAUGAAAUAUCUCCCUUGGGUAAUGAAGAAGUUUCAGCAGUUAGCCAAGCAUGGUUUACAACUAAAGAAGAUAAAGAUUCUCUCACUAACAAAGGACAUAAAUGGAAGCAGGGGAUGUGGUCCAAGGAAGAAAUUGAUAUUUUGAUGAGCAAUAUUGAACGCUAUUUGAAGGCACGUGGAAUAAAAGAUGCUACAGAAAUCAUCUUUGAGAUGUCAAAAGACGAAAGAAAAGAUUUCUACAGGACUAUAGCAUGGGGUCUGAACCGGCCUUUGUUUGCAGUUUAUAGAAGAGUGCUUCGCAUGUAUGAUGACAGAAACCAUGUGGGAAAGUAUACACCUGAAGAAAUUGAAAAGCUCAAGGAGCUCCGGAUAAAGCAUGGCAAUGACUGGGCAACAAUAGGGGCGGCGCUAGGAAGAAGUGCGUCUUCGGUCAAAGAUCGGUGCCGACUGAUGAAGGAUACUUGCAACACAGGGAAGUGGACAGAAGAGGAAGAAAAGAGACUUGCAGAGGUGGUUCAUGAAUUGACAAGCACUGAGCCAGGUGACAUAGUCACACAAGGUGUGUCUUGGGCAGCUGUGGCUGAACGAGUGGGUACCCGCUCAGAAAAGCAGUGUCGUUCUAAAUGGCUCAACUACCUGAACUGGAAACAAAGUGGGGGUACUGAGUGGACCAAGGAAGAUGAAAUCAAUCUCAUCGUCAGGAUAGCAGAGCUUGAUGUAGCUGAUGAGAAUGACAUAAACUGGGAUCUCCUAGCUGAGGGAUGGAGCAGUGUCCGUUCACCACAAUGGCUUCGAAGUAAAUGGUGGACCAUCAAAAGGCAGAUUGCAAACCAUAAGGAUGUUUCGUUCCCUGUCUUAAUAAAAGGUCUUAAACAGUUACAUGAGAACCAAAAAAACAACCCACCGCUUUUGGAGAAUAAAUCAGGAUCUGGAAUUCCAAACAGUAAUUCCAACUCCAGUGUACAGCAUGUUCAGAUCAGAGUCGCCCGCUUGGAAGAAAAUACAGCUCUCUCUCCAAGCCCCAUGACAGCGCUGCAGAUUCCAGUCCAGAUCACUCAUGUUUCUUCAACAGACUCCCCUGCUGCUACUGUUGACUCUGAAACAAUAACACUAAACAGUGGAACACUACAGACGUUUGAGAUUCUUCCAUCUUUCCAUUUACAGCCCACUGGCACUCCAGGCACCUACCUACUUCAGACAGGCUCAAGCCAAGGCCUUCCCCUAACUCUGACAGCUAGUCCCACAGUAACCUUGACAGCCGCUGCUCCUGCUUCUCCUGAACAGAUCAUCGUCCAUGCUUUAUCUCCAGAACAUUUGUUGAACACAAGUGACAAUGUCACAGUGCAGUGUCACACACCAAGAGUCAUCAUUCAGACUGUUGCCACAGAGGACAUCACUUCUUCCAUAUCCCAAGCAGAACUGACAGUAGAUAGUGAUAUUCAGUCAGCUGACUUUCCUGAGCCUCCAGAUGCCCUAGAAGCAGACACUUUCCCAGACGAAAUCCAUCAGCCUAAAAUGACUGUAGAGCCAUCAUUUAAUGAUGCUCAUAUAUCCAAAUUCAGUGACCAAAAUAGCACAGAACUAAUGAAUAGUGUUAUGGUCAGAACAGAAGAAGAGAUCUCUGACACCGACCUUAAACAAGAGGAGGAAUCACCCUCUGAUUUAGCCAGUACAUAUGGUACUGAGGAUUUAGAGUCUCCUACCAUAGAAGAACAAGUUGAUCAAACAACAAUUGAUGAUGAAACAAUACUUAUUGUACCUUCACCACAUGGCUUUAUCCAGGCAUCUGAUGUUAUAGAUUCUGUCUUGCCUUUGACAACACUAACAGAUCCCAUACUCCAGCAUCAUCGAGAAGAGUCAAAUAUCAUUGGAUCAUCUUUGUGUAGUCCUGUUUCAGAAGACUCAAAGGAUGUUGAAGACUUGGUAAACUGUCAUUAGGUGAUUCUUAGAAAACAGGGUAGCUUAAUUAAAGAAGCCACACUGUUUAGUGCAACAUUUCCAAAGAAAUAGGAGCAACCCACAAGAGGCUUAAUUUACCAUCCAUCUGGCUUUUAAAUAUCUAUAGUGCUUAAACCAUGCACAGUGUUGCUGCUAUGACUUUUUACCUCCUUUAACAUCUGAAGCCCAGUUUUAUAACUGUAUAGUUUUAGAGCGUGGGGAUUUUAACUGCAUAGAUCUGUAUGUUUAGUGUUGUUUGUCAGUGGGGAAUUUCAUUGGCUUCAGCUCCUGGAAAAGUUUAAAAGCACCAAAGCUUAACUACUCUGGUUUAAAAGCAGGAGUAGUUACCUCUAAAGAUUAAAGAUUAGACAUGACUCUAUCCAGUCUCAAGCAGGCCUGGUUAUAUUCCAGAGGAGUCACAUUAACAUGGUCUAGAGCUUAUCAGUGGCCUUCUUAAAAAAGAUUAGGUAUCAGUAGUUUGAGACUUGACCAGCAUACAGAGACCUAGGAGGUGACUGUAUGGCAGUUACUUUGGGUUUACCCAUUGCUGGCAGUGGGAGCUAAUUUAGGCAGGGUAAAGAGGAAAGCAUUAAACAAAGGUUAAGAAAAGUCACUACAGGUUUUUUAAAAUUACUUUUAAAGGGAAUAUAGAUGAGAGUAGUAACAAAACCCAUCAGAAGCUAAGCAGAGCUUUUACCUCCCCCCUGAAAUCACUGUCAUCAGUUUUACCAAGUUAGCACUUUGAAGUAAAAUUAAACUAAAUGAGGAAGGUGGUAAUGUUGCCUGCCUUUGAUACCAUGACUGUUUAUUAGACAUUUUGCUGUAUACCCAGAAUAUACCCAGAAAAUAGUUGGGGAGGGGGGAGGGUUAGAGUUUACCACUCAUUCAGUCCAUUAGCUGGUGGGAUACAAUAUAUAACUUCUCCUUCUCAAGCAGUGUAAAAUAAAACAGAACAAAAUUUGCUUCUGUAAUGAAAGGAAACAAAUCAAGAGUCAUUCCUAUACUAGAGAAGGUUUAGCCAGAACUAGCCUGUAUAGAAAAGUCACAAAAAACCUUGUAUAAAUUAUUUUAUUUAUUAUUGUAAUUAGAUCUUCACAAUCAAAGUUGUCUUUUCACCAUGUGUUUUGUUAAUGUGAAAUUAAAUUGUAGUUAUAAGCAAAAGUUGGUUGCAUAGGGAACAAUAAUUGUAUAUUCAGUUUUAACAGAAAUAAAAGAAUAUUUGUCUUAAAA